AUGCAGAAACUUAAAAUUUCUGCGAGCAACGGUCACACUGAAGCCAAGUAUGUAUAUUGCAUCCUUUUGAUGAAUUCAACCGAUGAGGAACGCCGUAAUCAUGGAUUUGAUAUGUUUUGUUCUUUGAAACGGACAACCGAAUUAAGUCCAUGCAGACACCGGGUCAAGUGUUUCCUCCAGCGUAUGUGGCUGCGUAAGGAAAGGAUACCAAUCCAAGAGUUUUCUUGGUGCCAUUCUAAGAAAUACACAGUCGAGAAGCAUUCAUAUGCACCGUCAGCAAUGGAAUGUAAUGGAAAUGAGCAUGGGAGUUGGAAUACAUGUGCAGGUUGUGAUGCAGAUGCUGAAAUGAGAGAGUUUUCAAGAAUGACGAUUGGAAGUGGUUAG